AUGACGCGAGCGGGUACCUUUAGAGCUUACUGGCUCGGCUGUGUGGUCUGUAUGGGCGGCUUUCUAUUCGGAUAUGACUCCGGCAUCAUUGGUGGAGUUUUGACCCUUGCAUCCUUCGAACAUGAUUUCGGCUACACUAAAAAGCAAGCGACUCGCAACAGCUCUUUGUCAGUCGGCCUCCAACAAUUGGGCGCCUUCCUCGCAUGUUUCGCCAUUUGGCCAGUCACACAUCGAUUUGGUCGCAAAUGGGCUUUAGUCUUGUGUUCGACCAUCUUCGUCAUUGGCGCCAUAAUUCAGACUAUCAAUACACAUUCCUUCGGCGCUUUCCUGGCUGCUCGGUUGAUUGCUGGUAUUGGUCUGGGAGGAAGCAGUGUAGUCGUGCCGAUGUUCUCGAGUGAGAUGGCUCCAAAACAGCUGCGUGGUCAGAUUGGCAGCUUCUAUCAGCUCUUCUAUACUCUUGGUAUCUUCACCUCAUACUGGAUCGACUACGGCGUCGGCAAGGACAUCUCAACCAGCGAGGCCAGGCAAUGGCAGAUCCCUAUCGGCAUCCAGAUCUUACCUGCCGCUCUUCUCGGCCUCGGAAUGUUCACACUCAAGGAGUCAGUUCGCUGGCUGACUCUCAAAGGUCGUCACCAAGAAGCUUGGGAGUCUCUACAAUGGAUCAGAGCCGACAGCGGACCUGACGCUCAACUGGAAAUGGACGAGAUCCGCCUCGGCGUUGAAACAGAGCUACGCGAGAAAGAAGGCUUCCAGUUCAGAGAACUCUACACCAAACCCGACAACUUGAAGCGUACGGUCACUGCCGCUGUUGUUUUUGUUGCUCAACAAUCUACCGGAGCGACUGCCUUUGCAACAUACGGGCCACAGUACUUCAAACUCCUGGUAGGAAGCAAAGGCAACGAUGAUCUGCUUCUCACUGCUAUCUUCGGCGCCAUCAAGGUAGCAGCCUGCCUGACUUUCGUCCUCUUCGUCGCUGAGCGAGUGAACCGCAAAAUCGUCCUCACAUUGGGAGCACUUGGCAUGGCUGCUUGCCAGAUCUGCACCGCUGCUGUUGUCAGAUCCAAACCACCACCCGGCGAUGCUACAGUAACAUCUUCUGGUAUCGCCACUGUUGCCCUGAUAUACCUUUUCGUUUCCAUAUAUAAUUGGUCAUGGGGACCCUUGCCUUGGCCUACUGUGUCUGAAAUCUUCCCUACUCGCAUCAGAGAACCCGGCAUCGGUAUAGCCGUAUCCUCGCAAUGGCUCUUCAACUUUGUCUACUCGAUCAGCACACCCUACAUGAUCAAGAACAUGGGCUGGGGCACAUUUUUGUUCUGGGGCGUUGCAGAUUUGAUCAUUGCGGGAGGGGCUUGGUUGUUCUUGGAUGAAACUCGAGGAAGGAGUUUGGAGGAUAUCACACAUACGACGGAGAGGGCAAAGAGUUUUGGUGAGGAUUUGAGGUAUGAGGGUGAUGGGGCUGUGAGCAAGGGGCCUGGUGUUGAGGUGAGAUAG